GCCGGAAACAAUAGUGGAUGAGCUUGGGCCGCGCGAAUCGGCUGCGGCGGCGCGCGAAGCCGGACGGGGCACUAUGAACGAGGAGGAGCAGUUUGUAAGCAUUGAUUUGAAUGAUGACAACAUCUGCAGUGUUUGUAAACUGGGAACAGACAAAGAAACACUCUCCUUCUGCCACGUUUGUUUUGAGCUAAAUAUUGAUGGAAUACCAAAAUCUAAUCUCUUGCACACCAAAUCAUUAAGGGGCCAUAAAGACUGCUUUGAAAAAUACCAUUUGAUUGCAAACCAGGAUUGUCCUCGAUCUAAGCUUUCAAAAAGUACUUAUGAAGAAGUUAAAACUAUUUUGAGUAAGAAGAUAAACUGGAUUGUACAAUAUGCACAAAAUAAGGAUCUGGAUUCAGAUUCCGAACGUUCUAAAAAUCCCCAGCAUCACCUGUUUAAUUUCAGGCAUAAGCCAGAUAAAAAGUUACUCCCACAGUUUGACUCCCAAGUACCAAAGUAUUCUGCAAAGUGGAUAGAUGGAAAUGCAGGUGGCCUCUCAAACUGUACACAAAGAAUAUUGGAACAGAGGGAAAAUACGGACUUUGGGCUUGCUGUGUUACAAGAUUCAGGUGCCACUUUAUGCCACAAUAGUGAAUUGUGGCCUCAUAGUCAAAAUCAGGAACAGAAAAAAGAAGAGACAGUCUCUAAUCCAGAGGCUAAUGUCCAUACCCAGCAUCCACAUUACAGCAGAGAAGAAUUGAAUUUGAUGACUCUUGGUGAGGUAAAGCAACUGAAUGCAGAGCUCCGACAACAAAUACAGGAAGUUUUUGAAGAGUUAGCCCACCAAGUGCAAGAAAAAGAUUCUUUGGCCUCAGAGCUCCAUGUCCGCCACGUUGCCAUCGAACAGCUUCUCAAGAACUAUUCCAAGUUACCGUGUCUGCAAAUGGGACGAACGGGAAUGAAGUCACACCUACCCAUAAACAACUGAACUCUAAACUUACACGUCCUUCCUAUGGCCUGCCAUUUUUUUGGGCUGCCGGGCAUGCACACUUUGAAGAAGUUGAAGAAAGUUAUGGUCAAUUAUUUUAUGGUCAUUAAAUUUGCAAAACUUAAGGCAGUGUUUAACAUCUUUGUCAAAUAAAGCAGAUCAUUACACUCUAGUC